CGCGGUUGUCCCUCGUCUCUUACCUACAAUCCAAUAGAAAAUGCUAUUCUUGUUAUGAGUCGACCCCAGUUGGGAGACACAGUCACUGGAGCCAGUACGACAAAUCUUGGCUCCAAUUCCUCAAACGGUAUCUGUCUUUAUGACCUCUAUAUGCUGCCAACUGAGGGCAGUGGGCAUCCGGAACAAGCUGACCCACGUUCUGGACAAGGCUCAGCUGCGGUCUGGGUGGGCCGGAACAAAUUUGCUGUUCUUGAGGCCACUGGAACGAUUUCGAUUAAAAAUCUACAAAAUGAGCGCAUUAAAAAAGUUGAAAUGCCCGGUGUUGACCAUAUUUUCUCUGCUGGGCAUGGCAAUGUUCUUAUCCGAGAUCCUAACGGAAUCAGCCUAUGUGAUAUUACUAAUAAGCGCAUCCUAGCGACCAUGAAAAAUGCCAAAUUCAUUCGACAUGCCGUAUGGUCCCCAGAUGGUCAGUAUGUUGCUCUCUUCAGCAAGCUUUAUCUAUAUCUUUGCGAUCGACAGCUAGAUGUAAAAGCCACUAUCCACGAGACAGUUCGCAUCAAAAGCGGUGCUUGGGAAGAGCAUAGUGCGUUCAUCUAUACCACUAGUAAUCAUAUCAAGUAUACGCUUAUUAAUGGGUAA